AUAGUCGAACCGUUCCGUUUCUGUCGCGAUAGCGUGCGCUCGAUCGCUCCUUGUUCCGUUUAAGCGAUUGCGUUUGAUUUUACAAGCUUUUCUGAAUGAAAAGCUCGUGUAAACACAUAGACGCGUGUUCUAGUGUCAGUGUUUUGUAAGAUACUAUCGUCUGAUUUGUUGCAUUAGAGAGUUUUGUGUUUGUAUUGUACAUGUGUUCAGUGGGAGAUAGUUCCAUUCAGUAAGCAAACACGUGGUGCAUUGGUUACGCCGUCGAGCCUGAAGGCUGAACUUAUCGCACGGAGGCCAGUGAUGUGUUGAUGACAGUGAUGCCUAUCACAGCGGUAUCACGGGAGACGCCUCCCGCGUCACCACCUCUACACCCUGCUACAUAUGAGGAAGCUUUAGCUAACGCUGAACCCGGGGAUACUAUAGCAACAACCAAAGAAGAGGAAUGGGUGACACGAAAGACGAGCGAAGUGACAACGACACGUCAGAUAGCGACCAGAGUGAAGCGUGAGCUGGUACUAGAAGACGGCAAGAUCCUCAAAGAUUCCGGUCCAAAAAUCUCUACUUCAGUCAAUGAGGACACACAUACUACCAACCUUCAGCAAACGGAGCAUAGAGUACCAGACGAUAAAGCCACUGACUAUGACUCAUCAGCGUUGCCAGGAAGGGUCAGUGGAGUCAUCGGUGCUCCACCUGAUGAAGUGGAUAGCCUUCAAGCGCUCAGCGGAGAGAUCGCGCCGGCCGGUACCAAGGUGUUGGUGUCAUCAAGGGUUGUCGCAAACCCUGACGGAAAAGUUCGCGAAAGCAAAGACCUGAAAGUGCUUACCAGAAACGUUACAGAACAUGUGAGAGAGACAGAGGAGCGGCACCACAGGGGAGACACCACGCAUGAGGCUUUAAUAACAGCAGUGAACGAGACGCCAGAGGAGGAUAUUCGAGAUGCUCUGAAAGUGCAGACGGAGCAGCAGCUUGCGUUGGUGCCACGUGGUCCUAAAGUAGUGAGGGACACUGUAUGUUUCAAUACCACCAUUGAUACUGAUGAUACGGAAGAACUACGUGCUUUACGGCCCGAUGGAACCAUUGUAACGGAGACCCGACACAGAAAGGAGCAAGAAAGACUUUGCGACGAAGAAUUAGGGAAGGACGAGGCUAAAUCUUUACGUAGUGAUCAGAGUGUUGUGGAAGAGACAGGAGGUACUGAACGUCGGAAGAGGGUAGACCUCGAGCGUAGCACUGAUCUGAUGGCGGGCGGUCUCAGGGUUGGUACGCAGCUUCACUCACGAUCACGCACUGAAGAAGUUGAGAAAGAAGGACAACCAAACAUGGAUGACGAUUGGGAUAGCCUUUCAGUUCGCAUGCGACGCCAACGCCGUUUACGACAUAGCGAUCACGACAAGGACUACACCAAACGUCCACUCGAUUUCGACAUUGAAGAAGAAACACGAAAGAAGGAAACCUCCAAGUGGCUAGAAAGCCACUUCGGAAGCGAUUCACGAUCAUCGCACGAUUCAAUAGCUGAAGAAAUUGGAAGAAGACAGGAACCCGGCUUUUAUGUGAAAAACAAAGCGGAGGACGAAGGCUAUUACGGCAAAACUUCAUCGUCAGUUCCACCUCCGCCAGUGUAUGGAGAUCGGGUUCUAAGAAAAACCAAAUCGUCGACUCCUUCAGACGAACGAGCACCCGCUCCAGCUAAUAGAACUGGAGGAUAUUUUAAAGGAGUUGCAGACUGGUCUCAGCGACGACCCACAAAGCCCAGAAUGCCGGAGCCACGAAGCUCUUCGCCUUCACCACCGACAGUGCGUUCGCCAUAUGCUAGUGAUGAUCGUUUAAAUGGAUCCUCCCCUAGACAUGUAUACGGGAAGCGCGAUUCACCUCAAGGAAGGUCAUCGCCAAUAGGUCGACGUCAUCCGCCUUCGCGCGACGACUCUGCUUACGUAUCUUCAUCGACAAUGCACAGUCCACCACGUGGUUCUCCUUUCCGGCCAUUGGAAACCGACCGAUCAUUUCGCGAGCCAUCUGUCGAAGACGAUUAUCGACCUGUAGCGCCUGAAAGAAAACGACAUACAAAGAAUAGGUUGUCUGAAGAACACAGAUAUGAUAGUGGUUACAGGAGUUCAUCGCGCAAUGAGAAUUCAGGCCGUUCCAGAGACAGCCGUGAGGAAGGAACAACUGAACCACCGCCCGACUACUCUCCGCCUAGAGAGCGUCGCGGGAGUUCAGAUAGGGACCGCACACCACCUCGCCGUCGCGACAGAGAUGAACGUAAACAGAAUCAAAAGACUCGGUUCGCUGACAACGGGCGUCGUCCGUCGCCUGCUAGAAAAUCUGUUGGAUCCGCUAUCGGUAAUUCGAUAAGGAAAUUGGUUGGAAAGAUUCGAUCGGCAUCUGCAGAGCGUCGUGCACGCUGGCGUAACUCUCGGACACCGUCACCAGAGCACUCGUCGCGCACAUAUAAACAGUACGGCGGCGAGUUGUCACCGCCGGUUGCGCCCCCGCACCGCUACUACCUCGGGGAGGACCCUUUCGCGCCCAGCAUCUACGGGCGCGAGCACAAGUACGAAGGCAGUUCGAGACGUGCCACCGCAACUGACACUCGCGACCACCGUGAACGGGGCCAGUUCUCGAGCACUUUGGGACGAUUUAGUCACUCGACAAGUCGGUUGAAUCCAAACAGCGAACCUGAAGAAGAUUUCGUACGUAGUGCACAGACUCUGCCGCGCAAAUUGCACGAACGCAAAGAAAAACCCAUCGAGAAACCGAGCUCUAACAAAUAUUGGCACCGUUUGACACCAAACAAACGAUCAAACAGUGCUGUUAAUAUAUCAAAUAACAUUUCCGCAUCACCAGACGGUAAAAUAAACGGAUAUCCACCUGGGCCUGCUAAACCGGCGCGAACGUUUAAGGCUCUCAACAGGAGCAAGAGUUUUGCUAUGGGAGCACCCGAACAAGAAACCCACGCACGUUACGUAUCAGGCAUGAACCGAAACUAUUCCACAAUGUACAAGUCCAACCCUCAUUUGAGUCGACUUGACGAAACUCCUGAGCAAUUAAAGAGUCCAGGUAUUGUAUCUAUAAUUAACCGUAGCCAACGCGACCUAGCUGAUGCUGUUUCUAGAGAAACUGAACGCAGACGAGAUGGUGUCUUCGGCGCCAGGUAUGGUAAAACGACACCAUUGUCGAAUGGACAUAGCAAUGGAUAUAAAACACACGAUGAGGCUGAUAAAAAGAAAAUAUUCCUAAAAGGACUGCGUGAGCGGGCUCCCGAAUUGUAUCAAACUUUACAUGCAGACGAUGAAUCCGAUGGCAGUAGGCUCUCAUCAAGAUACGGUUCACCUUCCCCUCUUUACAAAGAUCGCAUAUCUGAAGAACGCAAAAUACCAUUGUAUAAAUCAGACUCUCUGAAUAGGGAAUCCAGUCCAUUUGUAUCGCGUUUGGAAACAAGGCUCAAGUCUCCAGCUAUAAGACGUGGAAGCAACAGCAGCGAUAACUAUUCAGAAACAUAUAGGUACCAAACACGUUCUGGUGACCCCGAAAGACCCAGCAUUACUGAUACAGUAGAAACGAUCAGUAAAAAAGUAUUACCUUCCAGAGAUGGUCGUUCCAAAGAAAUAAUUGAGUCUAGGGAAGUCAAUUCGGUUACUAAGAGCAGGGGCUAUAAAGGAGAACCAAUGGCGAAUAUGAAAUAUAUUGAAAACGGUGUGCGUUCGUCACCUUUGGGAUAUGAAACAAAAAAUGGAUCCAUGCCAUUAUACUCCGAAAGAAGAAGUAGUAAUUAUAAAGUAAUGGAGAAAAUUAGAGAUUAUUAAAAAGUUUUUAAUUAUGAUAACUUUGAUCAAUGUAAAAUGUAUUAUGCCAUAUUUUGUAUUAGAACGUACGUAUUAAACGAAGAAACAAAGUCAUUUUGCAGACUGAGUCGUAUGCUUUAGAUAUUAAGUUAUCUAAUAAAUUGGAAUUACAGAGAAUAACAAUUGUUAAUCUUGUGUAAGCUGCUUUUUGUUAUUAUGUAAAAAGUCAUAGCUUUACUAAUUUUAUUCUAAUGUGAGUAUAAUCCGUCCAUUGUAAUAUUUGUAACUGUAUUUUACAUUACUUCUAUUGACAGACUUUUUAUAUGUGAAUAGGAAAAUAAUUAUUUUUAUUAGAUUGGAUUGUAAUAUUUUAAAAUAUUAAUAAUGUAACGUUAUAAGAUUUUAUAAUGAAUGUAUCAAUUAAAAUUAUAAUGUGUUAAUACGCACU